CAAGUGAAGUGUCAAUUAUUAAUUGAUUUGCGAUUCCUUUCCUGAUUGUUAAUUGAUUUCACAUAUACUUGCUUCCAAUAAAUUUUAUAUUAUCUUAUUUUUAAUUAGAUUGAGUUGUGAUAUAUAAUAGUUAUAAUAGUGAUUAUGGAUGUGCAAAUAGAUCGAAAUGCUGAAAGAAGAAAUCGGGUUAUGUUAGGUCCUCUACCAAACGAUUUUCUAAGAAUAUCAACACUUUCUGAAAGAGAACAACAAGAGGCAGCUGAUCAGCAAGCUGCUUUGGCUUUACAACAGCAGUUGUCAGCAUCAGCAAGAACACAAAUGCCUUCCCCUUACUAUCAAAACGCAUCAGGAUGGUUAAAUGUUACAAUCACACAAGCUAAACUUGUGAAAAAUUAUGGUAUGACCAGAAUGGACCCUUAUGUACGCUUACGAAUUGGCCAUAAUAUAUAUGAAACACAUACAGAUCCAAAUGGUGGCAAAAAUCCCCGUUGGAAUAAAGUUAUGCAAUGUGCUCUUCCUAAAGGUAUUAAUUCAAUAUACUUAGAAAUAUAUGAUGAAUGUAGUUUCACAAUGGAUGAGUUAAUAGCUUGGGCAAACAUAAUAUUACCCCCUGCAGUAUUAAAGGGUGAAACUCGAGAAGAAUGGUUUCCGUUGAGUGGAAAGCAAGGGGAAGGAUUAGAGGGAAUGAUUCAUUUAGUCCUUAGUUUUUCGGUCACUCCAACUAGAGCUAUGGGAUUAGGACCUGUGAUGGUAUCAUCAGGAUACGGUGCUGUUAGACCAGCACCAGUCUAUGUUCAAGCCCCACCAGAUCAAAUUGGUGUUGCAGCUGCUGCAAUUCCUCCUGAAGUACCUCAACAACCUGCACUCACACCUGAACAAAAGGAACAAUUGAGGCUGGAGGAUUUAAAACAACUUGGUGAAAUGUUUCCACAUUUGGAUAAAGAUGUAAUUAAAUCAGUAUAUGAAGCUAACAGAUGUUUAAAAGAACCAGCCAUCAAUUCUUUAUUACAGUUGACUGAAUGAAGAUUAUUUUUUUGUCAUAUGUACUAUACUUUAAUCAUAAACCUAAACUGUUGGAUUAAUAUCAGCACAAAGCUUCUUGAAACG